CAAUCCCAAAAGUAUUCUUCUCUUCAGUCUGAAGACGGUUUCCAAAAUUCCUCAAAAGAUGAAAUUCGUAAAGUUUUCAGUUCUCAUAAUGGCCAUUGUUGGCCAAGCUGUGGCCACAGGGAAAAGUAGUGGAGCAGGAACUCAAACUUAUGGAUCAUCAUCAGUUAAUUACGGGGCAGGAGGGACGUCUUCCACCAGUUUUGGAGGUGGGUCCGCAGUAAACUAUGGAGGUGGCAGCAGUUUUACUUCGAGUGGAUUUAGUGAUUCAACAUCAUCGAGAGGUUCUUCUAGAGGUAACAGCUUUACUUCAAGUGGAUUUAGUGGAUCUACAUCAUCAUCAGGAUUCUCAGGAGGAUUUGGGCAAAACGAAGCACCACAGCCUUAUAAUUUUGACUACCAAGCUGCUGAUGAGCAAGGCAACAGCCAUUAUCACAGAGCAGAAGCUGAUGCAAGCGGUACAGUGAGGGGAUCCUACGGAUAUACCGAUAUCCAAGGUCUGUAUCGUAUAGUCGAUUACAUUGCCGAUGCCAGUGGAUUCCGAGCCAGUAUCAGGACAAACGAACCUGGCACAGAUGGAAAGGAAAGCCCCGCUGAUGUCCAGAUGACUGUCGAUCAAGCUCCCGCUGGUAUCCAGGACAGAUACACUACAUAUAGUGGAACUGGAGGAUUUACAGGAACUGGCGGUUCAAGAAACCCUGGAGGUUCAGCUGCUUAUUCUGCUAUAGGGCAACUGUUUACAUCUGGAAUUGAAUCCAAAGGAUCAGGCGGCAAUGCAGCUGCAGUCACUGGAGCUGGAGGUGGUGCAAGAUCUGGAAAAAGUGGAUAUUAAAGCCAACUUUUCUUUGCAAACAAAGCAUAUGAAAUUUGGAAAAUCCAACAAUUCAAUAGAAUUACCAAAUAUGAGAAAGUAAAAGCUAUUUUCAAAGAUUGUAUCAGACAUUUCAUAAUAAUAUAUAAAACAAAAAGUCUUCAAUUUUUUUGAAAAUCAAAUAUGACGAUAGAAAUGAUAAAAAAUCGUUGGCUGCUUUCAUAAUAUAAGAUUUAAUUUUUUUCAAUCUACCAGACAAGAUGUUAUUAAUCUGUAAAUUGUAAUUCUGUGUCAAAAUUGUACUGUUGUACAUAUACAAUCCUUGCUUUGAAUGUUUUGUGAUACACAUACAUUCAUAAUUCUUUCCAACAAAAUUAAGAUUUAAAAAAAUGAUAAUUUAUCAAUUUUUCUGCAUGGUUGGUAAUUUAAUGAAUUCGGUUGGAAAAGAAAAGUGUGGAUAAAAUGACCUGGCAUUGGAUAUUGUUUUAUUACUUUCUUGUUACAUAUCGCUGUAUAGAAGAAUCUGUUACAAGAAUCUGCAUAUGCUUAUUUGUUUUUUGAAUAAUAACUGCUGUAUAGUCAAUGUGCUUUCCAUGUGAUAUUAAGCAUUGUGUAAAUUUCAUUACAUUUUCUGUUCAAUCACUACUUUAAUUCUCUUGUAAAUAUGCGCCAUACACUUCUUGAUACAUUUUCUGACGUUUCUGUGUAUAACAUAAGUUUGAAUCUCAUUAUAA